AUGAGAAAUCAUUGGACAGCUUCACCAGUUCAACUAUCAAACCAAUUGUGGAUACUACAAAUAUCUGAUUUAUAUGAAGAAAGGUUAAAUAACGAAACAUUAAACGAGUUUCAGAAUAGUCAACAGUGGUAUUCAAUCAAAGUCACAACCGGUCAGAGGAAGAGCCAAUCCAUUCAUUCAUUCACUCAUUAA